CAUCGCUGCCGGCAGCUGGCAGCGGGCUGCCCGUUACCCGUACCAGUUGUCAAGUUGUCAGCAGUGGAAGUUGUUUUGGAAGAUUGAACGGUGAUUCCGUGAAUUCAUUUAGCUUUCCAGCACCAAAUCACAUUAUGUCACCUACUAAAGGAAAGGUUAUAAAAUGCAGAGCCGCUGUCGCCUGGGGACAGAGCAAGCCAAUUAUCAUUGAGGAGGUCGAGGUGGCUCCACCUGAAGGGAAAGAAGUCAGAAUUAAGAUUGUGUGUGCUGGGUUGUGUCACACCGAUGUGAGUGGAUGGAACGGCGGGUUUCCGAUUUUAUUCCCAUCUGUUCUCGGACACGAGGGGUCAGGCAUUGUGGAAAGUGUUGGGGAAGCCGUCACUUCUUUAAAAGAAGGAGAUCACGUCCUUGUGUUCUGUCUGCCUCGCUGUCAUCAGUGCCCUUCGUGUCAGUCUUCUGAAACAAACCUGUGUCGACAGUUUAUAGACGCGUUCUAUUCUGACAACAAAGAAGUUUCUACUCGUCUUGCUUGCAAGGGCAAACCACUUUACACCCUCCUCAAUAGUGGAACAUACUCUGAAUACACAGUAAUAGAAGAGUCCAUGCUUUGUAAGGUGAACAAAGAGGCACCACUGGACAAAAUCGUUCCUCUGAGCUGUGGAGUAACCACGGGAUAUGGAACGGUCGUACAUUACGCAAAGGUCAAACCAGGUUCUACCUGUGCCGUGUUUGGACUUGGAACAGUUGGCCUGGCAGCUGUGAUGGGGUGUAAACUGCAAGGUGCCAAAAGGAUAAUUGGCAUCGACGUUAAUAAUGGCAAGAAGGAUAUAGCCAAGAAGUUAGGCGUUACGGAAUUCUACAACCCGAAAGAGCACAACAAACCCAUCGAGGAAGUUCUCGUGGAGAAAACCCUCUUGGGAUGCGACUACGUUUUCGAAUGUAGCGGCGUCAAGGAGGUGCUGGAGUCCGCGGUAGCUUCCUGUCGUCUGGGUGGAGGACAUUGUGUUCUGGUUGGCGCACCGCCUUUUGGAGAGAACAUUACUGUUGACCCUUAUAAGAUUCUUUAUGGGUGCCACGUGUCAGGAUGUAUUUUGGGAGGCUACAAUGCAGGAGAUGUCUCCCAACUCGUCGACGACUACUUGAAGAAGAAGAUCGUGGUGGAUGAAUUCAUAACGUCCAAUCUUCCAUCAACGAUAUAAACGAGGCUUUUGAAAACAUGGGGAAAGGAAACUCCAUAAAGCAUGUUAUGUUCUUUUAAAAAUGUUUCAUAAAUAUCAGCAAAUAUUAUGCUGCUGUAUUUGAUACUGAUCAUGUGUAUGCGUGCAUCUAUAUGGUGUUUAUCUCCUUUUGAAAUAUAUGGCACUAUUAUAAUUGACACUCGCUGAUAAUCAGGAAACAAGUACACUAUCGUAUUUAUGUAUCGAGACUAAGAAUUCAGAAUAAUACACCAGAUUUCUGAAUCACCUACUUUGGUGAGUAUGAAAAAACAUUGUUUCUAAAGGAAACGACCGUAAAAAUAAUACUUAUCACUGUGCAAUGCAAAGUCUGGAGAAUUCUCUAGACAUUGUUUCAGGGUAUCAUACAAGAAUGAUUUACAUAACCAGCAAAAAACAAAAAUAAAUAAAUAAAUAAAGUUAUAUUCCAAA